AUGUCAACCGCAAUGGGCAAGCGCCUCGAAGGCAAGACCAUCGUCGUAACUGGUGCCUCCUCAGGCAUCGGCCGCAGCACCGUCAUCGAAUUCGCACGCACCUCGCCCAACAACCUCAAACUCGUCCUUACCGCCCGACGGAUAGACACCCUCAAGCAGAUCGCCGAAGAAAUCACCAAAGAACUCGGAUCCGGCGUAAAAGUCCUCCCCGUUCAGCUAGACGUCAGCCAACCCGACCAGGUCCGGUCAUUCGUCGAGAACCUCCCCAAAGAGUUCCAGAACAUUGAUGUCCUAGUCAACAACGCAGGUCUGGUAAAGGGCGUGGACAAAGCAGGCGACAUCAAAGAGGAGGACAUCGCCGUCAUGCUCAACACAAAUGUCACCGGCCUCAUCAACAUGACCCAAACCGUCCUCAAAGGCAUGAAGUCCCGCGGCGAGUCCGGCCAGGGCGACAUCAUCAACGUCGGCUCCAUCGCCGGUCGAGAACCCUACCCUGGCGGCUCAAUUUACUGCGCAUCAAAAGCCGCGGUGCGAUCUUUCACAGACGCCAUGAGGAGGGAAUUGAUCGCCACAAGAAUCCGUGUGAUUGAAAUCGACCCGGGUCAAGUCGAGACGGAGUUCAGCGUGGUCAGGUUUUAUGGAGACAAGGCGAAAGCGGACGCGGUCUACGCGGGCUGCACACCGUUGACGCCCGAGGAUAUCGCGGAGACGAUUGUAUUUGCGGCGGGGAGGCCGGAAAAUGUGGUUAUGGCGGAUACGCUUAUUUUCCCGAAUCAUCAGGCGGCGGCGACGGUCAUGCACAAGAAGGGUUGA